UUCAAGUUGAAUGUUGAAUGAGAAAGAAAGCGUGCAAAUUUGUUAAUGAAAAUAUAUUUCUAAUAUUAUUUAUUAUUAUUUAGUGAUCAAAAGAAAUUUGAGUUUUCGUGCAGAAUGGGUGCUUGGCUAUCAACUAUAAAGUGUUUAUCAUUUAUGUUCAAUAUUCUGUGUUUGAUACUUGGAUUAGGCAUCAUAUCAGUUGGAAUUACAGGUUUGGAAUAUGCAAGGCCAAGCACAGAUGAACACAGCUACUUCAUUGUGGCCAUAAUACUAGGUUCUCUUUUAGGGAUGGUCACAUUCUUUGGUUGCUAUGGCAUUGUGUGCGAACAAAUUGGAGUGAACUUAAUUUAUGCAUUUUUUAUGUCAAUGCUGUUUAUAAUGCAAAUCCUGCAAAUGCGUGCAUAUCGACCUGUUGCAUUUUUUCAGAAUUCACUCGAAAACUUACAGAACUCUUGGCAAAUGGUGGAAAGUCAACCAAAUUAUAUGGAAACUUUGGAAAGCGAUUAUCACUGCUGUGCUUUAUACAAUUCCCAUGAUUACAAAUAUAAGGGCAUGGCAACACCGAAAAGUUGCUAUUAUGAUGCAAGCGCCAGGGAAAAUACAGAACCCUACACGCGUGGAUGUUUGGAAGCUUUGCAGGCUUUCUACAAAUCUGCGGCACAUCGGAAUUAUUUAUUUAAUGUAACUUUAAUAAUAGUUGAAGGUAUCGUCUUUGUUUACGCAAUUGUUAUGAGUAUAAUGAUAUACUUGAAAAACCGCACUGAAAUUCGAUUUAUGGAACAGGAAAUAGAAGCACUACCGGAACCAAGAUUAAAUCAUGUCACUUCUCGUACUCAUUUGCUAUCGAAUUAGAUAAUUUGUUCAUGAGUUCACUUCAAGGAAUCCUUUGAUAAGAACUUCGGGAAGUUUUAAUCGCCAAAAAGCAGGCAAACAUCGAUGCGAUUAACUGUAAAAAAAACUUUUUGUUAGGACAAAAAUUAAAAACUUAUAAGUGUAAAUGUGUAAUAUAUUAUUGU